AUGUACGAGACGCUGCCCCUGGUUGGGCACAGUCUGGCAAUCUUCGUAGUGGCGGCGGUGAUGGUCGGUUUCUCCAUCGUCGCCGUCUUCCUGCGCUGUUUUGUCCGGGUCUACCUCGUACGCGCAUUCGGCUGGGACGACGCAUUGAUGUUGACGGCGCUGGCGCUAUUUAUCGCACUGUGCGCUCUGUGCAUGCUCGCACCUGCUGCGGGCGUGGGCCAUAAGGUCUCCGACUUCAUGAGUCUGGAUCAGCUGCAGAGGGCGUUGAAGUUAUGGUGGCUGGGCCAGAUGCUCUAUCUGUGGGCAUCCGCCGUUGCGAAGAUCGCCAUCGCCCUGGCCCUGCUCCGACUCGCCGUUCGCCGUCUGCAUCGAUUCAUCCUCUGGACAAUCUGCGCCGUCGUCGUUGUCAUAGGGCUGGUGUUCUGGCUCGUCCUGUUGUUUGACUGCUGGCCAGUCGAGUAUUUCUGGGAACAGACAGAUAUCCGCAAGCAGGGCAAAUGCAUAUCCACAGAAAUCCUGCUCAUAAUUGCAUACUGCUAUAGCUCGCUGACGAUCGUCUGUGACAUUAUGCUCGGCAUUCUGCCAGCGUGUCUGAUCUGGAGUCUGCAGAUGAGCCGGCGGACAAAGCUUGCAUUGGUGGGAGUUCUUAGCUUGGGCGCAAUCGCGAGUGUCGCCGUCGUCAUCAGAUUGCCCUAUCUCGAAAACUACGCAGACCCGGAUUUCCUCUACUCGACCUACCAAAUCGCCAUCUGGUCGGUCGUCGAGACUGGCCUCGCUAUCAUCGCCGGCAGCCUCAUCACCCUCCGUCCCUUAUUCCGCUGGUUCCUCGACGGGAGCUCCUCGUACAAACACCAACACACGCCCCAACAGAAGACGAACAAGAAGUACGUCCUGUCAACGUUGACUGCGAACGCCUCCAUGCCUGGCAUCGAGGACCCAAAAUACUGGCGACCCGAUCUCGGGGAAGAUCCACACACCGUAGUGACCUCAAUCAUGGCGCCGCUGGGACGGAGCAUGGAUGACAAUAGCACGGUGGCUCUGAGCCCUAUACUGCCGCCGCCGAGGAAGAUCUCGGUUUGCGUGCACCAGACGUUCGCCGUGUAUAAAGACCCGUCGAGUCCGGUUGCUUCGAGCUUUGGGUGCCCAGGCCAGUGCAGUCCAGCCCCGGUUCCAGCAUCAAUUCAAUCAGCAACUCCAUCAUUGAUUCCAACCCCGGCCCCAGCACAGGCACCGCGGUUAGAUAAUGGACGGCGGUAUAAUAGGGGUUAUGGUGCGGGCUAUGCGGGCUAUACGUACGAGUUCUGA